UGUAUAUUGCAUCUUCUUGUGUUAUUGGUACAAUACUAACAAAGCCUUUCGAGAUUCAAACAAAUCAAAGAUACAAAUGGCAAGAAUGGUCGUCAUCAAAAUAUCUUCUUCAUUUUGCUUCAUCACCAUGUUUUCUCUCGUCUUCACGACAAAUACGACGAUGUCCCAACCAAAGUACAUGUUCACUUUCUGCAACCAGUUGAGAGACAACUUCACGUCAACCGCCUUGUAUGAAUCCAACCGAGACACUGUCCUCUCCAAUCUCCGCCUUCGAUCUUCUCUCGCCAGCUAUUCCAAUGCCACGUCAGGCCUAAACCCUAAUAUGGUACGUGGCAUGUUCCUAUGCAGAGGAGAUAUCAGCCAGACGACAUGCCAAGAUUGCGUAACGACAGCCAAUCUCCAAAUAGUUCGGAACUGCACUUCUUCCGACGAUGAAGAAGCAUUCAUAUUCUACGAGGAAUGUAUGGUUCGUUACUCAGAUUGGUCUUUCUUCUCCGUCAAUGAAGACAGACCGUACAUCUUACGAUAUGCCGUAACAAGUGCUCCAGACACUGUAAGUUUCGGUCUAAGGUUGUCUGAGAAGAUGAACGAGCUGAUCGGCAAGGUUUCGAAUGGAUCCCCGACUCCGUAUUUCGUGAAAGAUCGAGAAAGAGUGAUCGGAUUCGAGGGCUCGUAUUAUAUGGAUUCGAUUGUUCAAUGCUCUCCUGAUUUGGAUCAAAUGAACUGUACUGUUUGCUUGAGACUUGCGUUCCAAGAAAUGUCGGGUUACUGCAGUCAGUGUCAGUGGGCUCAGAUCUUCACUCCCAAAUGUCUCUUGAGGUUCGAAACCACUUCUCUGGGAUCACCAAGUAUUGGUAGUGGUUCGUUUAACAUGAAAGGAAAAGGAAUUAGGGGAAUUGUUGUUCCGGCGGUAGCUUCACUAUUUGUGAUUUUGAUUCUGUGAUCAAAAUUGAUCGGAUAUGAUUAUUAUUCGUGUGUGUUUGUGUGUGUGUGUGUGUAUAUAUAUAUAUAAGUGUGUCCGAUAUAUAUUUAUAUCUGUGUAUAUAUGGAUUCAGUUGUUGUGGAGAUGUAAUAAUUGGUGAUGAUCAUCAAUGGAAUAAUUUGGUUU